AUGAACGAACUUUCAAGGGACUUUGACAGAAUUUUCGAGGACUCGGAACGUUCUACGUUUACUGCACCAUCGUCGCUAAACGAUCGUCUUUCAACUGUGGCUAGGAACGGUUUAGUUGGCAGACCAAGGCUACAGAUCUUACAGCAACAACUGCAAACUCUGCACAAUGACGCCAGUUCUCGUUGGGCUGAUAUCGGAAGAAUUCUUGGAAUCUCCGAAAGAACUUUGUGUCAUCGAAGAUAUGAAUUUGGGCUGCCAGUUAAGUGACACCAAGCGCUGGUCAACGCCUGGUUGAAGGGAGCUUGAGGUAAAGGGGCUUACGAAUCCAGCGCCAUCGUAUUCAGGAAACUAUUCGAAGAGUGGAUCUGGUUCUCCGCACUUUAAGAGCAGCGCAGCAGAUAAUUCGUAGAGUGUACAGUGUGCCAUGCCCCAAUGCGUUAUGGUAAAGUAAAAGAAUUCGUUGAAGUGCUAUUUAGUUAACACUACCUUCUUUCUAACGAGUCUAUGUCUAAAGGGGUCUCCUUUUUUAACAGGUCCCCCCUACACCAUUAGAGCCCACCACCCCUCUUUUCAAAAUAGUCAGGCAGUUUGUUAUUUCUCUAGGGGCAACACCCCCCCUGGUGGGGCUCCUGUAUAAAAAGGAGAAGGCUGCUUGUCAUACUUUUUAGGGUUUAAAAAUGCAGGGUUGGUACCUCUUAUGGUGGUCAGUUCCAAAAGGUCCACAGUGGGAGCUUUUGUGCUACCUCUUAGGUAGGGUCUUAAACAGAAAAAAAUGACAGCCAGGGUUAACUGUGUUGUUUCAGAAUUUUUUCCUCUUAGGGGUGAAAAGCAUAUUAAGCUAUGCCCAUGAAACAGGAUCUUGGUACCUUUCAAGGGGUGUUUUCAAAAUUUGCGAUAAGCACUCCUUUCCUUUUUAUAUGGGAGUUCCCUCCACACAGGGGCAACACUGGUUUUAAAUCUGUGAUACAAGGGAGGUCAGGCUGUAAUUUUGAUGCAUGAGCAUUAAUGCCAAUUCAACUCAUGAUUUGAGAUAUACCUCCCCUAGUUCUAUUUAGCCCCCUCACUAAUCACCCUAACCCAGUUUCCCAUCCCCCACCUUCCCCCAAUAUUAUCCUCAAAAUUCCUGACUAUCAUGCCUGUUACUCAUGGGUGGUCAAAAAUGCCUCUUGUUGUUCUUAAGAUUAUUAUUGUUGUUGUUGUCAUUAUUAUUAUUACCACUAUUACUCAGAUAGGAAGAUUAAACUUUUUUUACAUACCAUAUUUUAACCUAACUUAUAUGUGAUAGUGUAGUGGAACAAAUUUCUUCAUGAUGUCCAACAGGCACAUUGAUGGCAACCACAAACUAAUCCAGCCAUACAAAAUUAUCAUUCAUGGUGGUUUAGAUGGUUUUCAAGAAUGA